ACAAGUGUUGCCAUUCUCAUAAAAUUGCAAUUCUCAUGAGAUUUGCAUACGCAUAGUAACUAUUCAGCCAACGCUGCGCUGGAACUCUGGAACUUGUUGCUGUCACUGGGCGGGCCCUAAUGAUGUUGUACGCCUAGACGGGGGGUGUAAUUCAAGUGAAGGAAAAUCGAGUCAAGGGAGUUACUUCAACCGCAAGCUUUCGAGAUAUGAGAUCGGGCCAUAUUUCAUGUCUGUCUUUCUCUAAUUUAAAAAAAGAAGUGGAGAAAGAUACAAUUGAGAGUUACACAGCCAACAUUCUGCCUAUCAACUGGUGGACAAAUGUAACCCCCCCCCUGCAUGCACAAAUUCUCUGUGUUUACAAGUGAUUGAAACCGUGCCAGCGAAGAGGGAAAAAGAUAACCAAGGAAGGAGGGAUGGUGGACAAUUCCGGUAGCAGCAAGGCACAAAUGCCCAGCAUGUCACAGGAGAGUGGUCUGGGGGGUGUCUAUCCUCAGGGAGGCACGGCAGGAGGAAUGAAGCUGGAGGCUGUCAUGGAGCAGCUGCAGCGCCAGCAGCAGGCCAGGCUGGAGAUGGAGCGCAAGGAGAGGCGGCUCCGCGAGGCCCACAUCAUGUACGCCCAACAGGUAGCAGCGCAGCAGGCCAUCCUGGCCGCGGCCCGGGCCUCUGGAGCUGGCUUCAUGGGCAAGGCCCUGGUUGGAAGUGGAGGUUCAGGAAUACCCAGAGGAGGCCCACUGUCCCGGGUCUCCAACCAGAGCAGUGUGGACUCAGAGAGGGAGGACGAGGAGGACAGAGGCCGGGAUUCAGGGGAUGAAGAUGAUGAGGAGAUGAUGGAUGGAGAUGAGGGGAGCGAGGAGGAAGAGGGAGGGGCUAGUGGUCUUGAGUACCUCCGCAAGCAGACACUGGCUCUACAACAGGGUGCCUCCCACCUCCCAGCGAAUCCUUUUGGUAGUUACUCUACCUCGGGCCCCCAGCAUGCCCCAUUGCCACCCGUCAGGAUGAAGCAGGAGCCUGACGAGAGCCGCUCUCCUGCAGGGCCCCACUCUGCCUCCUCCCCCAACGGGCAGGCCGACUGGAAUAGCUUUGAUGAUCAAUUCAAACAGAAUGGGAGCGCUGCUUGGGCUGACGAGAAUGACAGUGGAAGAGGAAGAGGAGGAGAGGCCUCCAGAGACUUUGCUAAGCUGUAUGAGCUUGACAGUGACCCCAACAGAAAGGAAUUCCUGGAUGACCUGUUCACCUACAUGCAGAAAAGAGGGACUCCAGUGAACCGCAUCCCCAUCAUGGCCAAGCAGGUUCUGGACCUGUACAUGCUUUACAAGCUGGUGACAGAGAAGGGCGGCCUGGUGGAGGUCAUCAACAAGAAGAUCUGGAGAGAGAUCACCAAGGGCCUCAGCCUGCCCACCUCUAUCACCUCUGCUGCCUUCACCCUCCGCACACAGUACAUGAAGUACCUGUAUCCCUUUGAGUGUGAGAGGAAAGGUCUAAGUUCCCCAGGCGAGCUUCAGGCGGCAAUCGACAGUAACCGCCGGGAGGGCCGUCGCCCCAGCUACAGCAGCAGCCUCUUCCGCUUCUCCCCCAGCACAGCCCCUCACAUCCUCUCCCCUCCCAAGAUGCACUUGUCUGCACUGGGGGCCGGGGCCGCUGGGAGCCUCAACGGCCUGCUGGCCUCACCCGUCCACACUCUCAAAAAAGAGAUCACCCCCUCCAUGAUGGCAGCGGCUCGUGGUUCCUCCAUGUCCCUGGCGCUGGGGCAGCAGCAGGUGGCAGGGCUGGCGCGGGCUGCCACUCUGGAGCAGCUGAGGGAGAAGCUGGAGACUGGCGAGGGCCCUGAGAGGAAGAUGGCACGCCUGGCAGAGGAGCAGCAGCGUCUGAUGCAGCAGGCCUUCCAACACAACCUGCUUGUCAUGGCCUCCCAGGUCCCCAUGAACCUGCGCCUGGGCAACAGCGCCACCGCUAGAGUGGGUUAUGCAGAUGUAUGCUGCAAGACACCCACAAGGAAAUAUGAGAAGCAGCAGGACAUGGCUCUGAGCAUCUCCACCAAUGGAUCUGCUAGCAUCAGUGUGUCUGUGGAGGUCAACGGCACACUCUAUUCAGGAACCCUGUUUGCACAGAAGUCAGGCGCACCAGGGACUAGCGUGUCCACUGCGGCCACAGUGCCCCCAGCUGGACCCAGCGCUGGGUUUGGGUUCGCCACCUCUACUCACAGCCACAGUCCAAGCUCCUCCUCUUCCAAGGGGCCUUGCUCGGCCGAGCCCUCCACCAGUGGUUCACCUUAGCUCAGGCCGCCCUACCACCCACUCUCCAGGCUUUUCCUCACCACCGAGGCCUAGCAUGAACACAGUACAUUGAUAAAUCGAUAAGAAAAAAACUGUUGCACAACAAAUACCUCAUCGCUCCUGUCAACCUUGGCUACCCAUUUUAUGAAUACACAAUUCACACACCCAAUUACAUCUCAAGAAAACAUGCACCCACACACACACACCUAUGCGUUUUACACACUCGACACACAUGUACACAUGCAUUUCAGACACCCAGCACACACAGACUCUUAUACCAAAUGCAUGCUAAACACAAUCAAAGCGCUCAGCCAAAACCCACUGACAGGUGUUCACAACUGAACUUGAAGAGUUUUAUUUUAUGAUUUUGUUUGUUGCCAUUUGUUUGUAUUUUUUUUUGUUGAAAUAUUAUUCAUAUUAUUUUUUUAGUUAUCUUUUUACAUACCUAAAAUCAAGUAACCUGCAGUGGUAUCUUUACCUCAGGAGCUGUAGUAUACUUCACCUGAAUUAACUUUAUUUUUGUAUCCUUUUUGAUCUUGUUGAAAUUAGGGGAAUUUUGGGGCAUUUCAUAACGGAACCUCACUCGGCACACCUCCUACGCAUUUAUACCCUAUCACAACGCUCGAGUUGCCAUGACGACAGUCCGUAGCCUUCUUACUUCUGAGUGCGCUACAUUAUUGCUCCUACAGAUCGCCAUGUAAUACCUCGUAUACAGUAGUCACUCCCACAAUCAAUACCAGGGAGUCACCCACUCAUUCAGCCUAUUUGGAAUGUACUUAAUCUUCAAUCUAACUCUAGAUGCAGAUGGGCCUUGUGUCUAAAGGGCUUUGAGGAUCAGAAUUGGCUUUGGACAUUUUAUCACACACGUGAUGUUAUAAGAGCCGACUGAUCCGCCGAUCUGUUUAGGACUAGCAAGCCCCAAACUCACCACCCCGCAUCUAUCUAGCUAAUAAUCAGAAAGGUAGUGAAGGUGUUCUGGUCCCUGCUCUGAGAUCGGUGUUCUGGUCCCUUCUCUGGGAUCAGUGUGUCCCUAGUUCAAUUCAGCAGAGAGGAGAGACAUCACCCAUCAAUGGUUUUCCUCCAACGCUGGCAGACCAGAAGUGUUUUAACCACAUACCUUUUCAAACCUCCUAUUCGCCUCUCCGUUUGGGAUAGGGGCCUUUCUCAGGAAGCAUCGUGAAGUCUCUUAUUAUGGACUCGCUUUGUCAUUUAAAAAAGGAUCCCACCGAAAGAAUGCGCAAGUCUAACAGACUGUCUUCAAAGAAUACCUCAGACUCUCUAGAAGGAGACGUACACUACAUACCUCAUUGCUGCAAAGCCAGCGUGACUUGACCUGGUGGUUUGAGUCCCUGUGACGAGCAACGGUCCACAGGAGUGGACUCCUCCGGAAUGCUGGACUACAUACGUAGAGACUUGACUGCUGGAUUUUCUUGGGGACACAUUAUUAUACCAAGCUGAACUGGGAUGGGCUUGCUCUCCUCCUGUUGUCUCUGGCUUACUUCAUACUGCGUUUUAUGAGACUAAAUCUAUUUGAGUAUUGCUCUGCAUGUGUACAAUCGGGUGACCAGUUUUUUACACCGUAAUCCUCUGGUGUGUGGUAGCCUCUGGUCGGUGCACAGUUGAAUACCAAAGACUAGCCCUGUUCCCUGCCCAGGCUGCUGUGGGCUAGCUGCUGUGGGUAGCUGAAUGGGCUAGCUGCUGUGGGUUAGCUGAAUGGGCUAGCUGCUGUGGGUUAGCUGAAUGGGCUAGCUGCUGUGGGUUAGCUGAAUGGGCUAGCUGCUGUGGGUUAGCUGAAUGGGCUAGCUGCUGUGAGUUAGCUGAAUGGGCUAGCUGAACCACUAGGUAGGAUACAGUGGGAUACAGUUUAGUCCCUGCUGUUAAAGUUGUCAGCUCUAGUUAUGUUGCUUUCCUUAUCUUAAUCAGACCUUUGCUUACCUGUGAUUGAGUCUUGAGACUGGUAUGGUUCUGCCUGGCAUGGCACGCAUCACCUGACAUAUUCCUCAGUGAGUUAUGCUGCAGUCGCACAGUGUGUGAUGCACAAAGCCCUUUGGCCUAACCUCUACAUUGAAUAAGACAGAGAAGGGGUAGCUGUUUCGCCAACUGGUUUCUCUGUCUCAAUUCAAAGUUCAGGCCUCCCAAAUUCCUCCGACACAUCCACUGUUACAGUAUUUCCAUUCUCAAACUGUUCAGGUAAUUUCUCAGCAUUUUUAAUAGAACAUGAUUUGGAAUAAAUGAAUUUCUAGCAUUAUCUGUAUUGAAUGUGAGGCGUUUAACUGUUUCUAAACCUUUUACCCCCUUAUCUCUGAAGUGGGCAGCCUUGUUGCUUUCAUUUUUUAAAUUUAACCUUUAUUUAACUAGGCAAGUCGGUUAAGAACAAAUUCUUAUUUACAAUGACGGCCUAGGAACAGUGGGUUAACUGCCUUGUUCAGGGGCAGAACGACAGAUUUUUACCUUGUCAGGUCAGGGAUUUGAUCUAGCAACCUUUCGGUUACUGGCCCAACGCUCUAACCACUAGGCUACCUGCUUCCCUAGUAAGCUGUGUUUUAGCUGUUAUUUGUUGGCUUUUGUGGUGCAGACCACCGGUCAGGAUUACAGGACCACCACAACAUAUAUACAAUGACUGAAGAGACACCUGCAAUCCCUCGUGAUGAAAUAUGUCCACAUUUAAUAAAGGUGAAAGAUGUAGUUGCUGCCUUAAUCUGCUGUGAGAGACCAUUGAACCUUUCAGGAGCUCUCUGCUAGGAAUGACUGUUAUCUUCAAGCUUAAUCCUUUGACGAGUAAACUAUUUCCAUUAUCUUUAUGAAUUCAGUCAGACAUUUAAGGCAUUCAACAUUCAUGUUAUUGGUUUCAAAACCAAGGUAUGCUAUUUAUUUGUUGAUUUUUCUUCUUCUGAUGGACCGAGUUAGCUUCAUUACUUAGGUGGUGUCACUAAAACCCUUUUUGUUUCUCACUGUUUUAAACAGAAAUGUCUGUUUUCUAUCCAAUCAGUUUAGUCAAUGACUGUCUGACAGCGUAGCCUUACAGCCUUUGCAUGAGAGAGGGAGCGUGUGCGAGAGCAAGUUCAGAAUAUGCGAAACAACCAUGUAAUGCCAUGUAGGAGACUGCAGGUGGUGCUGUCCUCUAAGACCUCACCAUGACAAGGGUGGGCAACAGGUUAGAACCACAUUCACUGGGAAUUCAGUUUACAGCUCAGGCUUAUGUGGGUUACAAUUGUGUGUCUGUGUGAGCUCUUGAAGACCUCUUACCUCAGGGCAUUGGGCUGCUGUCAUUGUUGCAUUUGAUAUUGAAGUUAUGCAAUUGGCAUGUAUACUGAGGGACACAUCCAAAUGCAAAUCUCUGACAACCCUAAAGCUGUCUCUAGUGACUUGCUAAAUGCUAUUUUAGACUGGUUCGGUUUUUUGUUGCUUUUUGAUUUUUGUCAUCAGUUACAGGCAAGGUCACAUCACUCAGGAAACUGUGAAGUUGAAAGUCUGCCUAACCUUGUCCUUGGAUGGUUUGGAUUUUAUUAGAUUGUUAAUUGUUUAAAUCUAACCUGAUCUGUGUAAUACAAGUGCAUAUGUAAGUGGUUAUUGAAUACCUCAUUUAUCAGUUGUUGUUAUUGGCUUGUAUAAUGCUCCGUAUAUAAAUCUGUGGGGUUUGUGCAUAUUUUUGUACGGUUGUUAUGUCCAUAAUAAUAACAUUACUGAUGUUAGUUUUCUCUUUUGAUUAAAACAAAAUUGGGAUGUGAAUGCUUGUAAAACUGGUUUGUGCUGAUUGUAUUUAAAAGAGGAGCACUUUUCCAAAGUGAUUGACACAUUCAGUUUUGUUCAUAUUAGUAAUAUAAAGAUAUGGUUCUCAGGGCUUUAAACUUGUAUGUCAUGAUAAAGUUUUACUUUAUAUCUUA